AGAAGCCUUGGACGGACAAGAGAAGAAGAGAACCACCAAGUAGGAGUGGGACGGGAGUCCAUGAGCGUGAUGGGAGAGGAGAAGCAUAACUCUAGCUGGGUGGUGGAUAUGGAGAAGAUGCUGGCAGAUGACGAUCCUCAGUGGAGGAGGAUGCAGGCAGAGCGAUGGGAGGCGCAAUCCAUCUACCGGGUGCCAGAGUGGCUCAAGCGCAUGAACGCAAAGGCCUACCAGCCGCGGCUGGUGUCUUUGGGUCCCUUCCACCACGGUGACUCCAACCUGCUGCCCAUGGAGGAGCACAAGCGCCGCGCGUUGGUGCACCUCAUCAAGCGAAGCAAAAAGCCGCUCCAGGAUUUCAUCUCUGCCAUCGACGACGUGGCGGAGGAGCUCCAGGCAGCAUACGGGGUGGACCUCCAUGGCAAAUGGCGGACCAACCGAGAAACCUUCAUCGACAUGAUGCUCAUGGACGGCUGCUUCCUGCUGGAGAUGAUGAGCGGCCCUUUCCAGGAUUACAAGCCGCAUGAUCCUGUCUUCAGCAUGCACGGCAGAAAACAAAUACAUGCCAUUAUCCUGUCCGACAUGCUACUAACUGAGAAUCAGCUGCCUCUGCUUGUUCUCAAGAAGAUCCUGGGUGUUCUGCGUCCUAACUAUCCGGUGCAGGUAAACCGUGGUCCAAGGCAACAUUUUCGAAACCUCAUAGUGCUGGAAUGCCUACGCCAGGGGCUGCAUGAAGGUCAUGACAUUGUGGAGGUUUUUCAGUGGCUACAGGAGGUUGCAAUGGAUAUUUUUUCAAUAGAGGUUGAAAUGGAUGUGGAUAUAAACCUCAUGGUGCAGCAGUGCAAAGAUUUCCUUACCGAGGCAAAUACCGACAAUAACAGGAAAUACCCACCCCCCAUGGAGGUUUUUGAUUGGCUGCUGCAGACUGCUGCGGAUAUAGAUAUAAAUCUUAUGGUGCUGAGUUUUCAAGGCCGGGCACAUGAAGGCCAUGACAUCGCGAACAUGUCGCUGAGGCUCCAUCCCCUCGAACUUUACCAUGGAAGCCUCACCUACAGUAAUGGCGCCAGUGGAGUUUACAACAAAUCGCCAGAACACAAGUAUGAAAUGAUGCCCUCAGCAUUCGAAAUCCACGAGGCUGGCAUCAAAUUCAAGAAGAGAGAGAGAGGCAACCUGGUGGACAUUGACUUCAAGCGUGGCGUGCUGAGCAUGCCGGUGACUAAGGUGGUCGACAGCACCGAGAGCUUGUACCUCAACCUGAUGGCUUUUGAGCGGCUGCAUGUCGGCGCUGGCGACCUCGUGACAGCCUAUGUGAUCUUCAUGGACAACAUCAUUGUCUCGGCCAAGGACGUUGAGAUGCUGAGUUCCAAUGGGGUCCUCAAGAAUAUGCUAGGCUGCAAUGAGGAGGCCGCGAAGCUAUUCAACGGUACUCUGUCCAGAGGGCAAGUUCUGGGGCCGUGCCCUGGUCUCCACAAAGUUCAGUACGACGUGAAGGCCUACUGCAGAAAGCCGUGGCACAAGUGGCGAGCCACCCUAAUACGCACCUACUUCCGAAACCCUUGGACGUGCAUCUCCCUUGCAGCUGCCGCCAUUCUACUCAUUGCCACCCUGUUGCAGACCAUCUACACCAUGAAGCAGAACAUGUCUUGAGAGUAUAACUUAGUUAAGAUAUCACAGCGGCAAAUCAGUUCAUGUCCAUAGUGAUCUCUAAUGUUUAUGUAAGUGUUGAAUAAUGUUCUAUUUUCAGUUUGUUGCUGGUUCUAUUUAAGAGUGGUAUAUAUGCCUCAUUUCCGUUAGAAAUAAACAAUGGAUAUACCUGUGCGUGCAGGAGUGUAUACUCUACGGUUUUCUACAUUAAUUGCUUAUGUAUGUAUGAUCCUGAUGAGUUUAAUUAUUUCCCAUAGACCA